AUGAAAACAAAGAAACAGCUUAAUUUAAGCUUAUGUGAUAGUCAUAAUCGAUUAUUACUGUAUAAAUUGGAAAUCACACACUUCGUCAAAAGCCGUUCAAAGCAAAGCCGUAAAGUAACAAAUAACUUAGAACAAUCUUGGUCAUCUGAUAUGUUUGAACAGAAGUUCACUGAUGAGAGAGGCUUGGAAAUAACUGUAAAAGUACCAAGAGGUCAUAGAACUAAUAGUUCUCAUCGUCAUCAUGGUUCUAGGGGUGAAGAAAUAGAUAAUGAAUCGGCUAAAAGAGUAACAUUGAUGGAGAUGGUAAACUCUUCCACUAUUACUUCUACUACAUCUUAUCCUUUAAGUGAAUCAUGCCAACAAUUUAAGAUGACACUGGAAGGUGUAAUAUAUUGGAGCUAUGAUCAGUUGGAUAAAUUAAAAACCGGUGAAAUCAAUGGAACUGGGUGUUUAUCUAAAAUACCGAUUAGGAGUGAAGUAGAACAUUAG